CGGUCGAACUCAGGCUGGACGGUCAUAGGUGGCAAUGACAGCAGCUUCAAUGCCACGAUAGACCAACCCACUUCACCUUCCUUGUGUGACCGGCCAGCCAAGAGACAGUGCCGGGCUUCCCAAGACCCAAAAGAUGAGAACAAGUUGCAAAGCCACCCACAGCAAUCUUCAGAUGCUGCAACCAUCGAGGCUGAGGUUAGCUCCAGUGCGCACACCCGGUUCCCUUACGGCGGAAUUCAUGAAGCUUCUCCACUACAACGGCGCCCUGGCUACACCAGCCCUCAAACUGCUCGACCUGAAUGCUACGUUGUCAAAUCUGCCGAGAAGAUACGACUCGAGAAAGAGCAGCGACAGCUUCAGGAGUCAAAUGAGUGGCUAGCAAGCGACAGCGAGAUCCUUCUACAGCUCUGCGAUAAGCAGGCAUUAAUACUAUGGGAUCAAAAGCGAGCAGCUUAA